AUGUCUGCGAAUAUGCACCUCCCAGCUUCGGGGGCAGUGGAAACUUCGCCGGAGUCACCUCUCUUGAACAACAACCUUGAGCUAUAUCCGGGUAGUCAUGUCGAGACAGACUGGUCCAAAUUUGCAUACGUGCAAUAUGUCACGCGGCAAGACUAUCUAUGCAACUCCGUUAUGAUCUUCGAAACCUUGCACCGAUUGGGAAGUCGGGCAGAGCGUCUCAUGAUGUAUCCAGAAGAAUGGUCGCUCACGAACAGCUCAUCCGCAGCAGUAUUGUUACGCAAGGCAAGAGACGAGUACAAAGUCAACGUGGUCCCUAUUCACGUCCAACAUUAUGAUGGCGAAGCAACAUGGAGUGAUAGCUUCACAAAGCUCCUGGCUUUCAACCAGACUAAAUACCAGCGCGUUAUCAGUCUGGACUCAGAUGCUAAUGUUCUGCAACCUAUGGACGAGCUCUUCUUCCUGCCGCAAGUUCCAGUCGCCAUGCCUCGAGCCUAUUGGAUGGACAACACUCUCUCUUCCCAAAUGAUCAUCAUACAACCAUCAAAUAUUGAGUUUGAACGUAUCAAGGAUGCUUUUGAGCACCGCAAGAUGGACGACUUCGAUAUGGAUAUCAUGAACAACAUCUACGGCCGAGACUGUCUGAUCAUCCCACACAGAAAGUACGAUCUCCUUACUGGAGAGUUCAGGAGUAAGAACCACUCCAAAUACUUGGGGUCGACAACAGAAGAGUGGAACCCACAUGCAGUAUUGGAAGAAGCCAAAUUCUUGCACUUCUCAGACUGGCCCUUCCCAAAGCCCUGGCUUUACGGUCCCGAGGAGACGAGAAUAGAAGUGCAACCAGUUUGCCACAACACAACUGGGGGUGAGGAAGACUGCACUAAUCGCGAGAUUUGGAACGAGAUUUACCGCGAGUUCAGGGAACGGCGUCAAAGAGUUUGCGGCGCGAACUUCAUGCCUGUGACUGUUGAGAAGCGUUCGGAGCCACGACGUGCUAGACGCUUACCUUCGCCUUUUGAGCCCAUAUUUUAG